AUGGUGCUCGAUUACAGCAAGUGGGACGCACUGGAGCUUUCCGAUGACUCGGAUGUGGAAGUGCAUCCCAACGUUGACAAGCGCUCGUUCAUUCGAGCCAAGCAAGCUCAAAUUCAUCAACAGCGUGAACAACGUCGCCACGAUAUCAAGACAUACAAAUAUGAGCGCAUUAUCAAUGAUGGCCUUCUCUCGCGCAUCGACAAGCUUCUUGAAGCUCUGAAGCAACACGAGGACUCCUCAGCGCCUCCGGAACAGUUCAUUUUCCAGACGAUCAUGGAGUUUGCCAGCAACCCAACCGACGACCAAGCUCCGCAACCCCCAGAGGGUGUCCACACCCAUGAGAAGGAACAACCAAAGUAUUCACAGAUGAUGAGCUCCCUGGUGGAUCAGGUCAAGAAGGAAUUUGGGGAUGCGAAGCCAGAAAACAUGUACAAGGCUUAUAUUGAUGGCGUACAAGUACACAAGGACAAGGUGGAGGGCUUGCAGAAGGAACUUUCAACGAGAUUGGCUCAGCUGGAAAAGGAAGAGGGCAGCAAAAUCACUAGUGAAGGGCUGCAUGAUGGUUUCAACUCUUCACAUGUUUCCAAGGCCGACACGAAGCCGAAGGCUGCUACGCCGGCAAAGAAAACGGAUGUGGAGCUCUUGAACCCUGGCGCGGGAAGCUCCUCAGCCGCCGAAGCCGAAGACGACGACGAUGAUCCCGCAAACAUUGAAAUCAGCCCCUUGGCAAAACGCUUUGCUAAGCUGAGGCCAAACGAUUAUGCGGCUUAUCAGAGAUUCAUUGCCGAACAUCCUGAGAUUGUUGCAGAGAAAGAGACCGAUGGUCUACUAGUCGAGGCCUUCAACAGUCAGUUGAAGGGGGAGGAAGCCUAUGCGCGCCAAUGCGUCCACCAGGGGUUGCUUUUGCAAUACUGCCGCUCCCUUGGCCCUGACGGUAUCAAACUUUUCUUCACUCGUAUCACAACCAAGGACCACCGUGCGGGAACUCUUUUCACAAAUGAUGUCAACGACACCUAUAACCGGAUCAAGACUCGUGCGGCCGAACUGAACAAAGAAAGCUCCGCUUCAAAUGACUCUGCUGGCGUCGAGCAGAUCCAACUUCAUGCGGUCGAUCCGAACACCAAGAUCACCAUCAACAUCCCCGCUGCUAACAGCGAGGACCCCACCGAGAUCGAGGCUCGCAAGAUCUUUGAAUCUUUCUCCCCAGAGCUUCAAAAAGCAUUGGCAUCAGAAUCUCUUGACGAGGUCAACAAAGUUCUUGGCAAUAUGUCAGUCGAGGAGGCGGAACAGGUCGUCGAACAGCUCGGCAACGGUGGCAUGCUUAGCUUGGAGGAGGGAAUCAUUGAUGGCACCACCGAAGAAGGCAAAAAGAAGCUUGCUGACAUUGAGGCAGAGGCCAAGCAGGAAAGUCGUGAGUCUGGAGGUGAUGUGACCGAAUUGGAUUAA